GAGGAGCUCGGCCCAGCAAUGGACCUUUCCGAGGUGUUCAAGGAAGGUGUACCAAGGAAGACCAUCAACAUCAUCGUGCAACGACCACCCCCGCCAGCUCCUAAAAGAGACCGUGAAGAGAAUGCGGACCUAAAGUUUAUGCCGAAGAACAAGGCUGGAAGCCAUAUAAGGCUUCCGACGGAAAGUCAGUAGAUUUGCCUCUCUCUUGGAUUGAGUUUCUUCAAAGCGCGAAUUUUGAGCCCGAACCGCGCAAGGCAUUCGAUCACCUCAAGAGCGAUCUUCAAGCUGGCGACGCAAUCGAUAUUCCAAGUCUGGGCCAAACCCCCAAGGAAUUUGGACGUCAUAGCCCAGGUCAAAAAUUUUUCGUUACGGAACAAAUGCUGGAGCUUUGGAAGGACAUUUGCGGUGAAAAGGAUCGUACAUACAGACGGGUCCUGUCCGGUCCGAUGGGCGUUGGCAAGUCGUACCUCUCCUAUUUUCU